UCAAAUACACGACACGACGAAGAGCGACUCUUAGAAAAUAGUUGACUAUUUUCGGACAAAAUGGUCUGCCGGCACCAAAUCCUUCAAUCUUUAGUGACUAAAAGCUAUUUCAUUUCCAAUAUUCCCCCAUCUCUAUCUCUCCUUUGGUUCCCAUCUCUUAUUGCCAACAAAAUUUCAUGCAAAAAGAGCUUAGCAAGAGUAAACAAAAAAGGCAAGUAAUGGGAAAACAUUAGCUUCAACAAUUUUUAUUACCGAGUAAAAGCAACUUCAUUCUUGAUCUGUUAAGAUGACAAAUGGGAAUUUGGCGGCGGAGCCAUAUUCAGCAUUACCACCUCAAGGGUCCAAUUCUGCAAACCACAAGCAUGCAUUGGGAGCUCUCAUCAUUGGCAUUGCAGUAUCCAUGGUGGCUGCUUCAUUAUGCUUAUUUUUCAGGAGAAGGCUUUGUCCACUUUUUAGACAACGGUGGAAGCAUAAAGGAAGUUUGAAAGAUGAGGGACUAUCAUUAAGGUGUUUUCAAUUGGAAGAACUGGAAAAGGCUACCAAUAAUUUCAGUGAAGAGUGCCUGGUGGGAUCCGGUGCAUUUGGCAAUGUCUACAAAGGAACAUUUGAAAUAGAAGGUACUCUUGCAAUUAAGAGAGCUCAUGCUGAUUCAUUCCAAAGCGUUGAAGAAUUUAGAAAUGAAGUGAGGCUACUUUCUCAAGUUAAACAUAGGAACCUUGUAAGUUUGGUGGGAUUUUGUGAAGAAACUGGAGGCAAAAGGGCGAAACUCUUGGUCUACGAGUAUGUUCCAAAUGGUUCUCUGCUAGAGUACAUUAUAGGAAAAUGCAGGAGAAGCUUAACUUGGAGGCAAAGAGUAAACAUAGCAAUUGGAGCAGCGAAAGGAAUAGCUCAUUUGCAUGACGGGGUCAAGCCCAGCAUAAUCCAUCGCGAUAUAAAACCAAGUAACAUUUUAGUAGGAGAGGAUUUUGACGCCAAGGUUUCGGAUUUUGGACUUGUAAAACUGGGGCCUAUUGGAGAUCAAUCUCAUGUCAGCAGCCAGAUUAAAGGGACGCCAGGAUACCUUGAUCCUGCUUAUUGCUCCAGCUUUCAUUUGAGUCCCUUCAGUGAUGUGUAUAGCUUUGGAGUUAUACUUCUGCAACUUGUUUCUGCUAGGCCUGCGGUUGAUUCAAGCAGGAACCAAUCCAAUUAUCAUAUAAUUGAAUGGGCAAGGCCUAGCUUAGAGAGGGGAGACGUAGCAGAAAUAUUAGACGCAAAUCUUCUGACAGAACCAUGCAACAUGGAAAUAAUGCUAAAAAUGGGGCAACUUGGUCUGAGAUGCGUAGAGCAAAAUCCCAAAAAGCGUCCUAAAAUGGCACAGGUGUGGCAGGAGCUAGAACAGGCUUUACAUUCUACAGAUAGCUUCAGAGAACCUUCAAUGGGUUCUCGGGCAUCUUGUUAUCGAUCCACAGAUCAUGGACCUCGAAGAUCAACAGACUGUGAGUCUUCCCAGAGCUUUGUCAGCAUCGAUGGUGUUGGAUUUCAACGGUUUCGUGUAGAGAUGGAUAGCCUCUCCUUUCAAAGUGCAAGCUUGAGGUGUUUUCAAGUCGAUAGUGUCAGCAUCGACAUUGACAAUUUGAGAGAAAUUGAUGAGGAAAAGGUAAAGAAGACAUCGAUUGGACAUAUGUGAUUUACUGUAUUUCUCUGUAAAUUUUUCAUGAGAUUUUUUGUUGUAAUCUCUCAGUAAAAUUAAGAAAAAGAAAUUUAUUCGUCAAUAUCAACAUGUCAUAAAUGAGAAAGACCUGUAUUAAUUUCAGCAAUAUUUUUUAGCAGCAGUUUUAAUU